AUGAGCGCUGGCUCUUCCUAUCAUUCGACCCCCUUCUCUGCUUCUGCUAUCGAGCCUGCUCCUCCUCUCCCGCCACCCGAUCGUUCUCGACAGCGACCCCCACAGCCCUUGCGCAGAUCUUCGCCCAGGCUCUUCCGCGACUUCUUCAAUGCUAUGUCAGAUACUGCCUCUCGCAGGCAAGCCACACUCCCUCAUCCAGCGCUCAGUCUCCAAGACCCCCUUGUCGACGUCAACCGCGCCCUAGAAAACGCAAACCGUGCGCUCCUAACCGCCCAAGAAGCCUUCUACCAAGCCAGAAGGCCGCUGCCAGGGAACGAGGCCAGAAGAUUGCGGACAGACAGCGAAGCCCCCAGUCAGUUGGUGGACUUGACGGCGCAGAGGAGCAGCUCCCCGCAAAGAUCACGCAGUUCAAUCUCAGCCGAAAGUCACUACCUUUCCCAAACCACGCAUCCUCACGAUCCUUCCUCUGCCCACCGAUCAAGAAGGCUCCACGCCCUCGACGAGCCCGUCUACGGUGCCCGACCCACCAGCUCUGACCGCGAACUACCUCGCCUCCCUCCAAGCUUCAGAUUCUGGCCGGCCGGCCCUGGAGUUUACCUGAACCGACAGGAUCCAGAUUACGACGGCAGACUACCUCCAGCAUUUGAGGAAGAGGCGAUAAAUCGUCAACGAGAAAACCACCAAAACUGGGAACGCACUCAAGCCAGAAGCAGACACCGUCAGCGUGUCGAGCAGGAACAAAGCCAAAGCCAAAGCCAAAUCUCUUCACAGACCACCAUGUCGCCUCCCUCCUCAUCCCUGAGGAGCACCCAUCAAUCUUCUCAGCAUCGCCAUUCACCCAAGCCAGACGCUGGAACAGAAGAUCCCCCAAUCGAAUCCGUUGAUCUCACUGCCGUUGAUGACGCUGACGCCCUCUCCGCCGCUCUUGCAAAGCAGAGACAAGACGCUAUCUUGGCUCAGAACCCACGAACAGAAAGCGGUCGCACGUCGUUGACCGGGUACAAAUGUCCCGUGUGCAUGGAUACCCCCACUGAUGCAACGUCUACGGCAUGCGGACACGUCUUUUGCCACCGUUGCAUUCUCGAUACCCUGAAAUGGUCCAUUGAAACACGAAGGGAAAAUAUGCCGGCAUCUAGGAAGUCCAAAGGCGUGUGUCCUGUGUGCCGAAAAACUCUGGAUAUGAAGGAUACGCCUGGACCAGCUAGGGGCUUGAUCCCUCUUGAGUUGAAAUUAAUGGUGAGGAAGCGAAAACGAGAGGACAAUCCGGAUGAAAAGGCGCCGGGAAAAGCGAAAGGAAAAGGCAAGGGGAAGUCGCUAGCCAAGGCUGAAACACUGAGCGACGACGAAGAUGAAAAUCGCAAGGACAGUGUCCAGGAGGUACCAAAACCCGGACAUGAGACCGUGGACGAGGAGGCAUUCUGGGGCACGUUCAUCGACGACCAAGCCUAG